AUGGACAACGACGAAUUGGAAGAAAAUGAGCGUCUCAGUGCGUAUUUAGAUUUUUUAUUUAACACAACCGAAUUGAUCAGUAUUGAAGAAGAUAUCGAUGAAAAUGAACUUGAUAAAUCGGCAGAUACUGACAAUAAAUACGAAAUAUUCAACAGAGCUUUUAAAAAAAUCAGAGAUGACACAAAUAAUAAGUCACUUUAUAGAAGCAUUAAAGAAGACAUAAAAGAGUUAUCAUGGAUAAAAUAUCAAUUGUUGGUUGAAGGUAGACAGAAGAUGUAUGACAAAAAUCUAAAAAUAGAAACCAAUUCGACUAUAACAGAAAAUGUCAUCAAUGACGAAAUGUCUGCCACUAAAGUAGAAACGUUAUCGUUUAAGUACGUAUGGGAAGAGCUACAAAAUCUGAAAAGUACCAAAGAAUUUUGUAAGUAUUUAAAGGACAACCCACACUUGAAAAAGCCAAAAUAUCUCAUAGACGUUGGUUUUUUCAACAACAAUCAAAAUACAAAAAACAACAAAAAGAAAUCUUCAUCUGCAUACAUAAAAUAA